AUGGUGAAUUUGGAUAAUGACAUAGAAGAUGUCACCAUGCCUAGUCCAAGGCAUGAGGGGAGAGAUAAACAAAGGGCUGCAAAAAAAAGAAAAGGGAAGAUGGUUGACCCUUCUCAACAAACAGGGGAUAUGUACUUGGAAUCAUUGGUUGAGCGAUGUAUUGCUUUCAAGGAGGGUAUGAGAUGA